AUGCUGUCGGCGCCGCAGGUAUCCACGCCGCUUUCCGACAUUGCCCAACUCCAUGCCAAACUGCAUCAGCUGGAAGAGGAACAGGAAUACCUCGUGCAGCUUGUGCGAAAAGGGGAAGGUAUUAUGCAGGAAUUGUGCGAGGAGAACGCCACCUUGGAGCGACGCCUGUCGAUGGCAAGCCUCGAGGCCCAGAUAUCCAUGUCGGAGGCUCAGAUGGUCCGGGCACUAUCCGGCAUCACCAGGAGGUCCACUUUGGAAUCCCAGGGAAGCGACGCAAGCAGCAUUUACCGGCACGCUAUAGACUCCAUGUCGGGUGAGAAAUCGACUGACACCGAGGCGGGCGUGGAGCUGCUCAGGGCCCUGGCAGAAGAGAGGAAGAACGCACAGACGUACAGAUUGGAGGCCCAGGCGCUGGCGACCCAAGCCAGCUCGUUGCAGCAGGAAGUCCAUAUGCUGGCAGCAGAGAGGGAACAAAUUGCUGAGGCUUUGGAAGACGCAUCCUGGGCAAAAGAGCGGGAUAGGCUCAUGCAAAAACUGGGCGAAGAGAUGGACAAGACGUGCACGUGGAAGGAAGAGAAAGAAGAACUGGAAUCGAGUCUGAAAACGGCCCAAGAAGAAGUACAGAAACUGAACGGAGAAAAGCACGAGCUGAAGCAAGCGGCCAGUCAGGCAGCGUGGAACUCUGAGCGGGAGAGCCUCAAGGAGUCAUUGACUUUGGAAAGGACCAAGGUGUCCUCAUGGGAAGAGGAGAAAAACCAACUGGAGACACAGCUUGCGGAGGCUUCAUCAAAGUGUGAAGAUCUGACUGCGGACAACAGUCGGCUUCGAGAGGAGGUGGACAUGGUGGUGUGGAAGGAGGAAAAGGAGCAGCUCGCAAUUGCCCUUGAGGAGGAGAAAGACAAGACGUCUACUUGGGAGGAAGAAAAGACUCGAUUGGAGGCCCAGAUCAUUGAAGUAGUGAGCGAUAACGAUGCCCUUGGCGAGGAAAAUUCUGCUCUUCGAUCACUGGUGGACACCGCCGCAUGGCAGCACGAACGACAAGAGCUUCUGAAUGCAUUGAGCGUUGAAAAGGGGAAGGUCAAGUCCUGGGAAAAAGAGAGCAACGCAAUCAGAAUGGAGUUGAAAGACCUCCGUCAAGUGGCCAAGUCUUUAGAAACCAAGGACGCCCUUAUCGCGGAAAUGCAGGAACAAGUUGAUCAACUCCGCUCGGAUUUAGAAGACGCACAAGCGAAGGUUGCCAUCAAACAGGACGUCAUCGACGGUUUGAGAAUAAGCCUGAGGCAGGGCUCCGCAGAUGACUGGGUGAUUGAAAAGGUGGCGCUGCUCGCCCGCAACACCGAAAUGAAACUUGCCAUGUCCGCCCUGGAAGAGGCGUACGCGCAGGAGAGGUCCCUCCACAUUUCCACCAGGGUGAGAAAGGAAGAAGUCGAGCUGGAGCUGGACAAAGCCGUGAAGGAGCUCGAGAUGGCGAAGGCGGAUGCACCCUCCCCUGGUAAAGAUGCAAGGCGCCGGCAUGUGACUUGGGGAACAAAUCAAAUAACUGAGAUACCCUGCCGAAGUUCAUCCUUCGAAUAUCCGGACGACUCUCCAUUGUUCUCUAAGCAGCUCAGCAUCAGCAUAAUCCGCAGCAGAUCGGCGUUCCCGGUAGAGCUCGACAGUCUGCAGCACGGCACCCUGAAAUCCACAUCUUCCAUGCCUGCGUUGAGCGACGCAUGCUCAAUGAGUGGGACGCUGUCCGUGAGGACAAAGGCAGAGCUUGGCACGCCGGCCUAUCCCCUGGAAAAAGCUUUGUCUGUGAGAACUCCGCGUGAACAGAUCUAA